CCCAGAGACAACUCUCUCUCUCUCUCUCUCUCUCUCUCUCUCAGAGAGUACAAAACUCUGGAAACACUUUUUCCACAACCCACUCAAGGUUUUUAAUCCUUUGUGUUACUCCAAAUGGGUACUCCAGGGAAGUGGUUGAAGUCUCUCAUUAAUCCCAAAAGGCCCAUUUCAACUGACCAAGAGAGGAGCAAGAAGAAAUGGAAGCUGUGGAGGAGCUCAUCGGAUGGGUUUGGAUCAUCGAGCAAAGGUGGUGUAAAGAAGGGAUAUGUGGAGAGUUCGGAGGCAAUGGAGUCUGCAAAUGUAGUUGAUCAUGAGUUGGCUGCUGCCAUGGCUACUCUGCUACGAGCUCAGCCUAAGGAUUUCAAGAUAAUCAAGCGAGAGUGGGCUGCUAUUCGGAUUCAGACUGUGUUUCGAGGAUUCUUGGCUAGACAGGCUUUGAGGGCCUUGAAGGCAUUAGUAAGGCUUCAAGCUAUAUUUCGUGGGCGGAGGGUCAGGAAGCAAGCUGCUGUUACAUUGAGGUGCAUGCAGGCACUUGUUCGAGUUCAGGCUCGAGUUCGAGCUCAGAGAUCUUCUGAAGCUGAUGAACUUAACUCCCAAGGUGAUGAUUCCAUUAAGCAAGCUGAGCAAGGAUGGUGUGAUAGUCCAGGAACAGUAAGUGAAGUUAGAGCAAAGCUACAAAUGAGGCAAAGAGCAAAUCUAAAGAGGGAUCGAGCAAUUGCGUACUCCCUUUCUCAACAGAGGCCAAAAUCAUGUUCCAGUCCAUACAGCAGAAUGAACAAGACAGCAAAGGUUACUAAAAGUCCAAGAGUUGGCUGUAACAAUUCGGAAUGGAACUGGUUAGAAAAUUGGACGGCGACCAAGCCAUGGGAAAAUAGACUGAUGGAGGAAGUCCAAGUUGUACCCUCAGAAAUGAAAAUUUGUAAUUCCAGGAAAAGUGGAGAUGAUAUUGCUGGAUUUUAUCCAAUUUCUUCAGAACAGAACUCAGUGAAGGCGCAGAGGAAUACUGUCACAACCAGGAUUUCUGCUAGGCCAUCUCAAUCAAUGAGUCCAAUAACUCGUUCAUCUUCUACCCCAAGUUCUGAUUUCCUAAAGGAUGAGAGCUCAUCAUCGACUUCAUUUACUUCUGGAUCUCCAACUGCAGUGUCUAGCAACCGUACCAAGGUAGAAGAAAGUAAUAUGAGCAAACCAAGCUACAUGAAUCUCACAGAAUCUAUUAAGGCGAAGAAGAGAAGUUCCAAUGGUCAAAAUAUGCAGAGGUACUCCAUGGACGAAUAUCGAUUCCAUAUCAAAGCACUUUCUAAUGGGGAUACAAGGAGCAUCAAUGGCGGUUCUGAUUUUUCAGUUAAUCUAUGCAAUGAGUUAUAUUCUCCAGUAUCAUUGGGAAGAGCUGAACGAGCAAGAUAUUGAUGACAGUAAUGGAAGCUACUGGCAAUUGCUACAUACUUCACAUAGGAAAGGUUUGCUUAGUUCUUCCAUGAUUUCAACAGCUUGUUGUAGGUCUAUAAUUCCUAGUUACACUGAGAUUUGCAUCGGAACAGUUACUGAAAGAAUUAAAUGGUGAUUAUAUAGUCAAGUAUAGGUUUUUGGGAGUGA